CCAUUUACUCCACCCAUUAAAAUCCAUUCUAUUCACUGCCUUCUCUGUCCUCUCUGCCACUCCAUUAUUCUCAACCAUUCAAGCUCUCUAUCUCUCAUGAAAAUUUCUUGAAAAAACCAAUCUUUAUUCCCUUUGCGCCUUUCUUUCUUCUGGGCUCAAUAACAAUGGUUUCUCUUGAAGAAUCUCAUUCCAGUUCCACUCGCUUCUCACAACGGCGACCUUACUACACUCCACCUCCGUCAUGGAACAAGAUCCAGAGACCUCUCGGCCGCUCCAUGCGCACUAUCCGCUCCAAUCUCUUCCAGACCGACCACUCUUGCUCAUUUCCAGGACCAACCACACCGGAAAGAUCAGCCAAUGUCUCCGAAAACUUAACCGAUUCUGUCAUCGACCUCCGACUCGGCGAACUUGCUUCUCGUACCAACCAAUCGGUCAAGUCCUCAUCUUCAGAAGACGAUUUUUUCGAUCUGUCUCAAGCUUUCAGCGAUUUCUCGGCUUGUAGCAGCGAUAUUUCCGGCGAGUUACAGCGUCUUGCAACUCUCCCAAAUGCCGAAAACCAGGAUCCGAAUCCGAACUCGGAACCCGAACCGGAGCCGUGCUAUGGGUUCUUGCAGAGAGAGAGCUUUUCAACGGAGAUUAUAGAAAGUAUUUCGCCGGAGGAUCUUCAACCGACAGUGAAAAUCUGCAUCGACGGCCUUAAUUCGUCGUCGGUUGCUGUGAAAAGAUCGGCGGCGGCGAAAUUGAGACUACUAGCAAAGAAUCGGUCUGAUAAUCGGGCGUUGAUAGGCUCAUCCGGUGCUAUACCAGCUCUAGUACCUCUGUUAAAGAGUAGUGACCCUUCGACUCAAGAGCAUGCUGUCACAGCUUUGCUUAAUCUCUCACUCCACGAAGAGAACAAAAGCUUGAUAACAACCGCCGGCGCCGUGAAAUCCUUCGUGUUCGUGUUGAAAACCGGAACUGAAGCAUCAAAACAGAACGCGGCGUGCGCUUUGUUGAGCUUAGCUUUGGUUGAGGAGAACAAGAUUUCUAUAGGGGCUUCAGGCGCCAUACCACCAUUGGUGGCUUUGCUGAUUAAUGGGUCGAAUAGAGGGAAAAAAGACGCAUUGACUACGCUGUAUAAGCUUUGUUCAGUGAAGCUGAAUAAAGAGAGGGGGGUGAGUGCUGGGGCGGUGAAGGUGUUGGUGGGUUUGGUGGGUGAGAAUGGGACGGGGUUGGCGGAGAAGGCAAUGGUGGUGCUGAGUAGUUUGGCUGGGAUUGAGGAGGGGAAGCAGGCGAUUGUGGAGGAAGGUGGGAUUGCAGCGCUUGUGGAGGCAAUUGAGGAUGGGUCGGCCAAAGGGAAGGAGUUUGCGGUGUUGACGUUGUUGCAGUUGUGUGGUGAUAGUGUUAGGAAUCGAGGGUUGCUUGUUAGGGAAGGUGGGAUUCCUCCUCUUGUCGCUCUUUCGCAGACUGGGACUGCUAAAGCCAAGCACAAGGCUGAAACUUUACUUGGGUACCUGAGAGAACCAAGACAAGAAGCUUCUACUUCAAGCCCUUAGAGAGGUAUUUUAAAUGAUCUUAUAUUGUAAUUAUGUAGUAGGUUUGUUGACUGUAUAUGUAGGAAUUGUUUUGAUGUUUUAUACAGAGUGGUUGAGAAACUUGGUGGUUUGUGAUGUAAUGUCAAAAAAUUGGUAGAAGCUAUAGUGAGAAGAAGCUAACCUAUUUAGGUGUAUUAUUGUUGACUAGGAUUUUGGGGGGUUUAGUUCCCCUCUAUUGUUAAUUUUGUUUUGGGGAGGCGGGAGAACUUGUUUGCCUGGUUGGGUUUUGGGUUGUGAAUUUAUUAUAUGAUCUGAGCUAUGAUUCUUUUGGUUUGUUUUUGGUGACUCAAGGGUUACUAAUGUUUGAGUUUCGUUUUUUCCUACUCUCUUUUCC